UUUCACUUUUUUUUCAGCAUUCUUCUGUUCGUGUACGGUUGUUGAACCUUGAACGAAACUGAACUGAACUACACCGCGUUAUACGUCCCGUUUUUGGGAACUUACUAGACUUCAAGCUCUCGGUCAAUGGGGCUGGUCCUUUCUGAAAAUGAUCGAGUGAUGCGCGCCAUAGCAACGAAAUGCUGAUGUCAAUUUCCGCAUUCAAAAACUGGCCACAAUCCAAUAGGAUGAAAAGAGAGAAAACACAGAACUGUGCGAUGUUCUCUUACAGCUCUUACAGCGUUAUGCUCACAACAGAACUUUUGCACGAUAGAAUCAGUUCUGUGAAAAAUCCACUCGUAUUUUAUUUUUCCAAAAUUUCAUUCCACCACAGUCUCUUAUAGUCUCAGUCCACAAUUUUGUUUCCACUGCGCAGUUUAAUUUGGCUGAACAAAUCUACAGUCCAACAAUCGCAUCAGCAGAGAAAAAUGACGAAUGAUGCGGAAGGGUCAGUGGCUUCCCUUCCAUCACAUCAACUCGGAAAUGCAACCAACAUCAGUGCCAGUGAUUCGGGUGUCCUCGUCAGCAAUGCGACAAAAAUCUAUGGCGCAGGAAAAAAACGCUGUGCAGUACUCAAAGGACUCAACAUGACUGUGAAAAAUGGAACCAUAUACGGUUUACUUGGAGCCAGCGGCUGUGGUAAGACGACCCUGUUGAGUUGCCUCGUCGGACGUCGCCGAUUGAAUAGCGGAGACAUUCUCGUUCUGGGACAUGAGCCUGGAUCACCGGAAAGCGGAAUCCCCGGUCCAAGGGUCGGCUACAUGCCGCAAGAACUGGCCUUGUUCGGUCAUUUCAGCAUCAAAGAAACGCUUCACUAUUUCGGCCGCAUCUACAAUUUGAAAACGGAUUUUGUCGACUCUCAGUUGGAGUUUCUGUCAAAGUUAUUAGACCUUCCUCCGAGUCAUCGUUACGUCGGGACGCUCAGUGGUGGCCAACAAAGACGCGUCUCUUUUGCCGUCGCCCUUUUCCACGAACCGGAGCUGCUCAUCUUGGACGAGCCGACGGUUGGCGUUGAUCCUCUGCUUAGACACAGCAUCUGGAAUCAUCUUGUCCGCCAGAGUGUUGAUCAUGGAAGAACAGUGAUAGUCACCACCCACUAUAUCGAAGAAGCUCGACAGGCCAACACGAUUGGAAUGAUGCGCUCGGGUCGGCUGCUCGCGGAAGACUCGCCGGAGAAUCUGCUAAGGGAUUACAACCAAACUUCGCUGGAGAAUGUAUUUCUGGAACUUUGCAUGAAGAAUCACGAAAACAAACUCACUUCGAUUGUUACCAACUCCACAAGUUGUAACCAGGUUGACUACAAAACAGAACAGACACAAAAGUCGCAGGGAGGCGUUGACAACAUGGUCUUUGACGAAAGCGCACUGUCAAACGUAACUGAAACAGAAAUCGCCAUCGACCCCCAAAUUCACAAUAAUUGCGACGCUGUAUCCUCUAGACCAAUAGAAUUUUGCAGCAGCGCACCGCUGUUCAGUCCUGCCAUCUGUGUCACGACUGAAAAGUCUGACCGGUCAGACGGAAGCGAAACGAGCAGCGGACUCCAAUUUACUGGCAGCUCCAACAGUACGGCUUCCGGCGAACGUCAAAAUCGGCCCUUCCGGGUGUCCCUGCCGUCCCCGCAUCGCCUCGUCGCGCUCAUUCGAAAGAAUUAUUUGCAGACUUUUCGUAACAUUGGGAUCGUCCUAUUCAUCUACUUAUUGGCCCCUUUUCAAGCAACUGUAUUUAGUUUGACUCUCGGACAUGACCCGACUGGCCUCAAGUUGGCCAUUGUCAACGACGAACUGGAUCCGAGCCAGGGCCGAAUCUGCUCCAGCAACACAACGGACUGCACUUAUUCCAUGCUCAGCUGUCGCUACCUUCGCUACAUCAAGGAUAACAUCAUUCAGGUCCCAUACGACAAUGUGUCAGAAGCUCUGGAAGCUGGUAGGAAUGGCCAAGUUUGGGGUGUGAUCCAUUUCGGACAUAAUUUUACGGGGGAGUUUGAGAUUCGACAAGAGGCUGGAGAUUCGGCAACGUUAGAAAACAUUAUCCGCAGUCGAAUUACAGUCAACAUGGAUUCGUCCAAUCAAAUCAUUUACUCUUCCAUCGAAAAAUGGAUUUUGGAGGGCUUUGAAGAUUUUUACAAGGAUUUUAUGCGGUCGUGCGGACAUGAACCAGAGGCUGGUUUUAUUCCUUUGGAGUUUCUUGAUCCCAUUUACGGCCAAAAUGAUACCCCGUUUACAGAAUUCAUGGCUCCUGCCUUAAUAAUUUCACUUGUGUACUUCAUGGGAGUCUCAUUAACGGCCGGCGUCUUCAUUAAUGAAAAACAACAAGGUCUUCUUGACCGCAACUUGGUGGCAGGAGUGCAGAUGACUGAAGUUCUGAUGAGUCAUUUAGUCAAUCAUUUUACCGCAAUGAUUGGCCAAACUGCAUUGGUUUAUUUGGUUGUAUUAUUAAUCUUUAGCAUACCGUGCCAGGGGAAUUUGGGCCUAGCUGUAUUCAUUACUUUCCUUCAAAGUUUUGUCGGAAUGAGCUUCGGUUUGCUGAUCGCCACUGUAUGUGAUGAUGAAAUUGGCGCCCUUAUACUUUCACAGGGAAGUUUUCUUCCAUUGACAGUAAUCAGCGGGUUUGGUUGGCCGAUCGAAGGAAUGUCGUUUUACCUUCGCUAUAUUGCCUACAGCUCUCCGAUGACGUAUGCCGUUGAAUCUUUGAGAAGUGUUUUUAAUCGAGGAUGGGGUAUUGAACAAACCGACGUCUAUGUGGGAAUCUUAAUCAGCAUCGCCUGGAUUUUCGCCUUGUUAAGUUUAUGCUUGAUUGUUUUACACACACGCAAAAAUGCCAGUUAAAAGUUGAAUAUAUCCGGCUAACGUUUUAUGUGCAUCAACAUUAUGAAAUAUGACUUGAAACAUUUUUGUUGGAAAAUAAAAAUUUAAAUAGGGUAUACAUAG